ACUCUCUUUAUUCUGGUAGCAUCUACACUAUAGUGCACCAUUAAGAGUCUGAUAUUAAAUGUUACCAGACAAACCAUGGCAAGGGUCUGGCUCUUUUCUUGCCUUCUGUUCACCAUGGCUGUGUAUGCACUGACUUUUGAAUUCAAUCUCAUUAAAGUUUUCCCUGAGGUUGGCAGAAUCUCUGGAGUGUCCAUGGUGUCUUACGGGAAUCAAUAUGCCCUGAACGCCUCUCAGGCUAGAGCCAUGUGCCUGUUCCUGAACAUCACCAUAGCGACCAGGGAACAGGUCCAUACUGCUCAGCAACAUGGACUGGAGACGUGUGGAUAUGGCUGGAUAGAUGAACAGAUUGCAGUUAUCCCUCGCAUUGUGCAGAGCAUGAAAUGUGGCAGGAAUAACAUUGGGUUAAUACYAUGGAGAGCACCGAUAAACAAACCCUUUCAUGUGUUUUGUUUCAAUUUAACAGAUUUAGAGAAUCCUUUGGAUAUCACAACACCUAAAGUCCAGACCACAACAAAAACUAUGACCACUACAACAGUCUCAACAUCAGCACCAACUACUACCAAAACUGUGAAAAACAGGGUCAAGACAACACCUAAAGUUCCAGCACCUAAAUCAACAACACAAGUCUCAAGAUUGGCCCCCACUACCACAACAACAACCACUUACCUGGUCCAGUCAACAACCAGCUUCAUCUCCACCUCUCCUCCUCCCUCCCCAUCCCCCUCGUCCCUCCCUUGUCCCACUUCCCUCUCUCACUUACUUCCCACAUCCUCUCGCUCUCCCCCCAGCUCUUUCUCUCCCUCAUCUGCACCUCUCAUCUCGUUUUUGUCUUUCACCUCUUCCUCCCUCGUUUCCUCUCCUUCUCAAAACACCUCCACCAACCACAUCGAGAGCCCUGUCAGAGCAAUAUCUACGGCGCUCCUCAUCAUUCUACUCUUGCUGGCUGCGGCAGUAGCAGUGUGUUACUACAAAACGACCAGGGGUGUUUUCCCAAUCCAAUUCUGGCGCAGAGGACAGCACAACUUGAAGGAUGACAUAGAGACUGAGAUGUGGAGACACACAGACAGUGAGAUGGAUCUGCAGGACCCACAACAGAGAGAAGGAGGAGAGGAGAAUGGAGACAGGAAGUCCACCAGUGACAUCAUCGUCAGUAAUCCAGAGACCACAACAAAUGGCCCUUAGUAGCAAUAUACAGCCAUGUUGAGGGGGAUUUACAGUGCUGAAAAAGACAUUAGCAAAAUAUAUUGUUGACUAACAGGAACAGCAGAAAUAAGUAUUAGGAACUGUACAAAUAAUAGUUUUCAGAUAAUGUUGAAAACAACAAUGUUUCUGAUAAUUCAAUGUCUUUUUUGUUUUAUAAAUAAUUGUAAACAAUCAAACAAAAAUAUUUUCCUUUGCCUA